UCUCUCUCUCUGUCUCUCUUUCUGUCUCUCUCUCUCUCCCUCUCUCUCUCUCUCUGGAGAGGGUGUCUCAACUUUCCGGAGGCGACAGCGUUGCGCUGGGCUCUGGAGGGAAACGCUUCAUUGGGGCGGGAGACCUUCGUGUCUGUGGAGGAGAGAGAGGCGCCGAGCGGAGACCCGAUCGGCUCUUUCUUCCAACGAAAAAGUCUUGUGAAUUUUCUAUUUUCCCCGCGCGACACCAUCAGCAUCCCGGCCACGAUGCGCGGGCGGAGAGAGGCGAGUCUUUGCGUCCUCCAAACACUAUUUGGAUUGUUAACAACUCACAGUGUCCUCCCUAGAUCUCUGAGUGCUGAGAGCCAUUAAGUUCUACACGCCGUCCCGCCUUCUCCCACCUGCCUGACUCCUGACGUCACCCAGAGGCUCCGCCCACUCGCCCUUUGACCGCCGUUGCCAUGGAGAACCUCAGCGAGCUCCAGAACCCCUUGUUGGACAAAAACAGCAAGCACAUGGUCAACGGUUAUGGGGGGGACUUCCCUAACAACCAGUACCAGGAAAACAUUAUUAAUUACUUCGCUGGCGGAGGAGAGGGAGGGGGGGGAGGGGAGGGAGGGGGAGGCGGUAAGGUGAACAGCAGCAACGCGGUGAGCGCGGGUAGUUGCAACACCAACGGGAAGGUAAAGUCCCAGCAGCUUCUGGACGCCACCUCGCUGCACCUGGCGGUGGAGGCCUUCUACCGGCCCAACUUCAUCCUGUACAAGGAGGACAGCGGCAGCAUCAAGGCCAAGGAAUACAAAAGCGAGUGCUGCGAGACCACGUUCACCGAAAAGAAAGCCAAGGAGGCGUCCAACGCGGCGGGGACGGACACGCCCGCCACCGAGGACCCCCAGGCGAAGCUGCUGGAGGACGGGGAGCACGUGAAGAUCCAGACGGUGUCCUACGAGGUCGAGGAGGAGGAGUACGUGGAGUACGAGACGGACUGCUCCAGCGACAGCGAGAGCGAGGACAACUUCAUAGUGGUGCCACCGCGAGACCACCUGGGCCUGGCCAUCUUUUCCAUGCUGUGCUGUUUCUGGCCUUUGGGGAUCGCGGCAUUUUACUUCUCGCAGGGGACCACCAAGGCAGUGAACAAAGGCGACUUCCCGCUGGCCAACAUCGCCUCCCGGCGUGCUUUGUUCCUCGCCGCCCUCUCCAUCACCAUCGGCACCGGCGUGUACGUGGGGGUGGUGGUGGCGCUCAUCGCCUACCUUUCUAAACCGGGGACACAUAUAGCAGCCGGCAACCCUCCUUCCGACGCACCUCCGGGGGUCCCAGGGGGGAGAACGAGCGCCUGGUGGGAACGCCGUGGCUCCUGCAGACUUUUGUGGAAAGGGUUUGUGUUUUUUUUUGGGGGGGGGGGGGUGUGGUAGGAUUUGCAGUCUUUCCCUCCGUCUUCGUUUCCCUCCAGCUUCUCUCUCCCUGCGGGCAGCUAGUUAGAUUACUGCCCACGCUGACUGGGGGGGAAGGUCCAGCUGGAGGGGGACAAGCCACAGAGAAAGUCCUGUCGUCGCCGUUGAGUCGGGGAAAAAAGGGUUUGAGUGACAGAUGUCCCAUUGACUUCAUCCUCUUUUGGGACGUUUUUUUUUUUUUUUUUUAAACUUCUGAAGACAACCACGGAAACACCGGAGGAGGAAAGACUGAGGCGAGGGCGCCAGUCCGCCUGAUCAACGCGCAUCACCCUUAAAAUCAACUCUAUGUCGUCAUCGCCUGAGCUGCAGUUUAACGUGGGUGGAUCUCCUUGAGCCGCCCUCAUUGACUCCAACACGCCGAGGAAGGUCGCGGUGGACGGCCACGCUCACGCCCUCUUAGAUCAUCGCCAUGGAGGGGUGUUGUUUUUGGAGAAAUGUCCGAAAAUUUAAAAAAAAAAGAGAAACUUGUGACUAUAAUUCCAAGCAAAGACGAUCAAGGCUCCGAGAAGAAGAACAACAAAAAAAAAAAAAAUCAAACGUGAUUAGAGGCCGUUUUUGGACGCAGGUACUUUACCUCUGAGGAGGUGUCCAUCCGUCAAAGACACGUCUAUCUAACAAUAUCACUUGGAGACAGACAAGGUUUGCCUACAUGCAAAUGUGCUUUGUUUUUACGUUUGUCUUGUUGUGUUGCCUGACUCUCUAAAAGGCACCCGGAUUGACCUUUAAAGAACGUCCCUUUGUAGCCUUAAAGCACCGGUGGAUCCCCAAAACGCUGGCAAGGUGGCCUGGAACGAAACGUCCGCCACCACAAGUGGACAUUGUCAUUAAAAGGCGGGCCUCGCCUGUCCUCCAGGGCCGUGCGUACAGUCGGACAGCUUGGAAUUAACCUGUGAUCAAUCGUUCUUUGCAUGACUCUAUGCCGGCAGUAAACUGCUACGCAUGAUUAAUUGGCUGUACAACUUGUUUCAGUCAGAUAAUGACCCAAAAAAAAAAAGCCUCAAUUCAAAUUGAUCAGGCUGUGAAACGUGAAAUCACAUCCCCCAAUCAGGAUAUUCCACGGCAGUUACAGUAUCGAGGCGCUUCAAUCCGUCCCUUCGGACCAUCAGCUCUCUCUGUGUGAAGGGAUUUCGGUUGGUGUUGUCGUGUUGUGGAGCCGGGGAAGCAGGUGACGUCGGGGCCUCCAUCAGUCAUACGUGACAUUCACGGUGCACAAUUGUCUCUCUGUAAUGAGGUUGUUUUUUUUUUCUGAAGGAACGUGUGCUCUCUGGAGCGCAGCCCUAAAAUAGCACAAACGCAUUAAUUUCACUAAUAAGCCACUUUUGGCCUCGCUGGUUGUUGUCAAACUCUGCAAGUAAACAAUCCAUUAACACAUCCUCGGCUCUGCGAACAUUCUAAUGUAACCACGUUAAGUCGGUGCUGCCGUGCUAAUGAAGACUGAUUCUGCUCUCCGCCGACGAUUCCAGCGCGCUUUGCUUAAAUAAAAUAAAAAAAAUGCAGCUAAGACUCCGAGCAUUUCCUUUGCAGUGUAUUUCUGGCUUCCUGUGUGAAUUAGCAAGCAGGCAGUCAGAAGCUGAAUGCCGAAGGGUGUCAUCUGAAAAACCUGCUCAUCACACUGUGUAUGUUUGGCCUUACGACCCCUGACCCCUGACCCCGUUCGGGCCACGUGUUCGCAGUGGAAGCUCCUCACAGACACGUGCUUUUGUGUGAUGUAGGCCGUCGCUCAAAAGGCGGCGUGAUUUUAAUCGCGUUUCUUUUGCAACCCGGUAUCGUGCAACGUGUCACAGCGGCGCGUUUCACUUCUGUUUUUCUCUUUUUUCUCGUUGUGAUGAGUUUGUGUGCCCAUGAACUUUGCUCACUGCAUUCCUCGACCCGCGGGUCGUAAUGCUCUCUCUGUGUCGCGCUCUAAAGCCGAAUUAAAGAAGACGACGUGUUUUUAAUUCAGCUCAUGUUUUGGGGACGUCUAUUCCUAUCUUGUGUGAAGGCAACGUGUACAUAGUGCAAAUAAAGACAUGUUCAAAUGUAAUGACAAAUAAAUCAGAAAGGAAGGAUGUCCUUUCUUAAAAGCGAAA